AUGAAGUCUCCAAAUUUGCUGUUGUCCCUACUUAUCCUUGGGCCCACGGUACUUGGAAACAAAAUUGAAGUGUAUUUGCAGCCGUUGGUUGAUGAUUUGAAAGAAUUGUGGAAUGAAGGUGUAAGCACGUACGAUGCGUUGACGAAAGAGACAUUUCAAUUGCGUGCGGCAUUACUAUGGACUAUAAAUGAUUUUCUAACUUAUGCAAACUUAUUUGGGUGGUCUACCAAGGAAAAGCUUGCGUGUCCAAUCUGUAACAAGGAUACAGAUUUUAGGAGAUUGAAGCAUGGGCAUAAGAUGUGUUGCAUGGGUCAUCGUCGAUGGCUUCCUCAGGGGCAUGCAUGGCGCAUAAGAAAAGAACUGUUCGACGGUACUGAGGAGCAUAGAUUAAAACCUGAAGAACUAUCCGGAGAUCAGCUGUUGCAACAAGUCCUGGAUUUUAUAGGAGUACAGUUUGAACAAGAAACUAACUCAGAUAUUACGUUGAAUUGGAGAAAGAAGAGUGUUUUUUUUGGGUUGCCCUAUUGGUCAAAAUUGAAACUUCGACAUAAUUUAGAUGUCAUGCAUAUUGAGAAAAAUAUUUGUGAUAGUGUCUUAGGUACGCUAAUGAAUAUUGAUGGGAAGACCAAGGACACAGCCAAUACACGAAAAGACUUGAUGGUUAUGGGUAUACAUAAAGAAUUGCACUUGCAGAAAAAAGGUGCAACUUUUUUUAUGCCGAUUGUGAAGUACACCUUGACAAGAGACGAGAGAAAAAGUUUAUGUGAAUGGCUCAAAGGUGUUAAGUUUCCUUUGGCAAUUCAUUUACCUCAGGAGGCUGAGCUUGCUGGUCCAGUACAAUUUUGUUGGAUGUAUUCAAUCAAAAGGACACUCGGAAAAUACAAGAAGGGAAUUGAGACAAGAUGGAACCAUGAAGAGAGAAAUGUUGAUAGUGGGGUGGAAGCAACAAAACAACGCUUGGAUGUGUUCUCUCAACGAGUUCAGCCAUUUGGAGCAGCAUCAACUGUAAUACUAGAUCAUAAUGAGUUUGCUAAGGCACGAUGGUAUGUACUUAGCAACUAUAAUGAUAUGGCUUCAUACAUGAAGCGUAAUGCAGAGAAUGUCUCAAAACAAUUAUAUCAUCUUGCAUGUAGGCCUGAUCAGCAGGUUAGAUGUAAAAGGGAGAAUGGCACGUCGACGAUUGAGUACUACGGUGAGUUGAAGAGAAUUUUAGAGUUGCGUUACCCUGGCCCAAAUACCGUGUAUUUAUUUGAGUGUGAUUGGUGGAGCAUUAGAAAUUCAUCAGGAAUACGAACGGACCAAGGCUUCACGAGUGUGAAUACGGGUCGUAAAUGUUAUGAAUCCGACCCUUUCAUCUUAGCAUGUCAAGCUGUGCAAGUGUUUUACUUGGAUGAUCCCAAACUUGAUAGUAAUUGGAAAGUGGUGCAAAUGAUGAUCAAUAGAAACAUAUACGACAUUCCAACAAUACAAGAGGGAGAUAAAGAAGAAGAUGACCAAGGUAUUAGAGAUGAUGCAUACCAGGAAGAUGAAUGUGUUGGGGGUAAUGUUGUCCAUGUUGAAGACACAAAUAAUGAAGAAUCAAUAGCAAUUGGUGGAUUAUAG